AAUAUAGUGAAUUGAUUAAAGGGUUUUGAUUUUAAGCUCACAUGGUUUCUUUGAGAUAGUUCAAUUCUUCUCAUAUAUAAUUCCCAUCUAAGCCUAAUAUAUCCCCUUUUUUCUUUUUUCCUCUUUGAAAUUCUCUUGCUGGGUUUUAUAUAUAUAAAAUAAAAAAUAAGAAUUGUUGUGUAGAUUGAAGAUCUGGUGGUGAGGGUGACAGCUCAGCGGAAGAAAUGGAGGCGCCGCCGAGUAGCCGCCUACAAAGUAUGUUACAGACGGCGGUGCAAACUGUUCAAUGGACCUACAGUCUCUUCUGGCAAUUAUGCCCUGAUCAACAAGGGAUGUUAGUGUGGGGAGAAGGGUACUACAAUGGAGCAAUCAAAACAAGAAAGACAGUGCAGCCAAUGGAGGUGAGCUCGGAGGAGGCUUCACUACAACGAAGCCAGCAGCUGAUGGAGCUGUACGAGUCGCUGUCUGCGGGAGAGUCAAACCAGCAAACACGGCGGCCUUGUGCUUCUUUGUCACCGGAGGACUUGACAGAGUUGGAGUGGUUCUAUCUCAUGUGUGUCUCUUUCUCUUUUCCUCCUGGUGUUGGAUUACCGGGAAAAGCAUAUGCAAAGAGACAACACAUAUGGCUUACUGGGGCGAAUGAAGUUGACAGCAAAGUCUUUACUAGAGCUAUUCUUGCCAAGAGUGCUCAUAUACAGACUGUGGUAUGUAUUCCUCUACUAGAUGGUGUGGUUGAACUUGGCACAACUGAAACGGUUCAAGAGGAUAUUGGAUUCAUACAACAGGUCAAGAGCUUCUUCAGUGACCACCACCCUCCUCAACCUCCAAAGCCAGCCGUCUCCGAGCAGUCCACCUCUAACCCGGCUGCAUCAUCGGGGCACCCACGUUUCGACUCACCUCCGGUACCUUUACCAGCUAUGUAUGCACCCAUGGAUCCUCUACCCAUUGCCAAUCAAAUAGACAACGAAGAAGAUGAUGAUGAAGAGAAAGAAGAAGAAGAAGAAGAAGAAGAAGAAGAAGACGAAGAAGAUCAGGAUGAAGAAGACUCAGAAGCCGACUCGGGGGCUCAUCAGAACCCUCAUGAUCUAUCUCCGGGUUUAGCCGAGGCUGAGCCAGUGGCUGUGGAGCCAAGUGAGCUAAUGCAGGUAGAGAUGUCUGAGGAUAUCCGUGUCGGGUCACCGGAUGAUGGGUCGAAUAAUUUGGAUUGGGAGUUUCGGGUGUUAGCCGUAAGCCAAGCUGGAAACCCAGCUGAUAAUCAACGGCGAGCUGAGUCGACUCGUAGGUGGCAAGUCUUACAGGACCGAUUGAACAACGGUCUUCAACUACCACCACCUUCAGGAGGGCCUGCAUUGGAAGAAUUAGCGCAAGAGGACACACACUACUCCCAAACAGUGUCUACUGUUCUUCACCACCAACCGAACCGUUGGUCCGAGACUUCAUCUUCAUCGAUGAACCCCAGCUACCUACUCUACUCCUCCCAAUCUUCAUUCUCCAAAUGGACGAUCCACUCCUCCGACCAGCACCACCACCACACGGCGGAGGCCUCCUCCCAGUGGCUCCUCAAAUACAUCCUCUUCAAUGUCCCCUUCCUCCACACCAAGUCCCCCGACCAAAACUCUCCAAAAUCAAUCAACAUUGCCGACUCCACUUCUCGGUUCCCAAAGCCGACGCCGCAAGACGACCUCAGCGCCAACCACGUCCUCGCCGAGCGCCGCCGCAGAGAGAAGUUGAAUGAGCGCUUCGUCAUACUGAGAUCGUUGGUUCCAUUCGUCACCAAAAUGGAUAAGGCUUCGAUUUUGGGGGACACGAUUGAGUACGUAAAGCAAUUGCGCAAGAAGAUUCUGGAUCUCGAAGCUAGGGCUCGUGAGAUCGAGAUCGAUCCGGAGAUCAGUGAUUUAAAUUUGAAGGAGCCAAGGGAAAAGAGGAAGUUGAGGAUCGUUGAAGUGAACGGUGGCGGAGGGAAGGCUACUAAGGCGGUGGAUUCGGAAUCGCCGCCGCCGCCGCAGGCGGUGGUGGGAGUGGCGGUGCAGGUACAGGUGUCGAUAAUUGAGAGCGAUGCGUUGGUGGAGAUGCAGUGUUUGCAUAGGGAAGGGUUGUUGUUGGAGGUGAUGGUGGUGCUGCGAGAUCUUCGACUGGAAGUCACGGCGGUGCAAUCGUCGUUGGCCAAUGGUGUCUUCGUUGCUGAGUUGAGGGCUAAGGUGAAGCAAAAUGUUAGUGGCAAGAAACCAAGUAUUGUGGAAGUAAAGAGGGCAAUGCACCAAAUAAUACCCCAGAACUGACUCGAUAUAUUUAUUUUUUUUUGUAAGUAGUAGACUUGAUUUAACAGAUAAUUCACCAAUUACUCAACCAUUAAUAAUGCAGAAUAAUGUAACAUUUUUGUAUUUUUUUU